AUGAGGAUGAGGAGAUAUCCAAGGAAGAAAAAAGUUUCAUACCUUCAAACCAUUCCUCGCGACUUGACGAUGCAUAUUCUGUCUCGAGUUGCAGCAUCUUCCGCAGCCGACAUCUCUAGCAUUAAGCAAAGUUGUAAAGAAUUAAGUGAAAUUGCUGAAGAUUCAUACAUUUAUCGACAUGCAAGUUUAGACAAAUUUUUUCCAAUUGUUGAAUGGAGUCCAUUAUGCGAGAAGAAACAAAAGUUUCUCAACAAAUGCAAAGAAAGCUCUAAUCCUGAAAUCUGGUAUAGGGAAGCACUGUUGGAUUUUUUCACCAAGAAAAACUAUGCACUAGCUCUCCGAAAAUUCACCAUGGCGUCUGAAGCAGGGCACGUACAAGCCCUAUACCUAUGCUGCAUUUUGAUGCUUUUAAGUGGGAACAAGAGGGGGAUUGGAAUGAUUGCCAAGAUUAAGAAAGAUGGAAUAAGAGUGAGAUUGUGUUGCAAAAAAUUGAUAGAGGAACUGCGACAAAUUUGGGUGUUGAAUCCAUUGCUUAGUCAGUCACGGUUGCUUUGUAGCAAACACCAUCGGCGAACAAAUAACUGGUCACGCGAAGACGACGACGAAGAUGAUUGCGCAACCUGUGUUGCUGCUAGACAUAUUGAGCUUAUUUGUGCUUGUUCUCACAUUUAA